CCAUUUGUCUGAAAGGGAGGCAGAGAGCUCAGGGCUCUGCAGCUCAUCUUGCUUUUUGUAUCGGGUGUUCUGAGCUCUCGAUUCGUCUCUGUAAUGGCAUCGAUCGAUGGAGAAUCUCUUGAGGUCGAAGCCAAGCACAAGGAUAAUGGCUCUUGGCAACCUUGCCGUGUCUCGCUGAGAUCUAGUGAUUCCAAGUUUGUUAUUAACAUUGACUUCGAUAAUUCAAAUGAGGAGGAUGUAAUAUCUACGAAAGAAGAUGCUUUAACACGGUUGCGAUUUCGGUCAUCUCCUCUUAAAGAUGGUGAAUGCUCUCAUAUCAAUGAAGGUGAUCAUGUUCUUGCCAUGUACAAGGAUCAAUUUAAGAGCAUGUUCUUUGAUGCCGUGAUAGAGAAGCCAUUUAGAGUGAAACACUCAAACAGGGUGUUCUGCCGAUGCACUUUUGAGAUCAAAUGGCUUAAUCCUGAGCACGAAGAUGAAACCUUGACGGUCCCAUCCAAGUUGAUCAAAAAGCUAUCGAAAGAAAAAAUUGAUACCCAUCCAUUUUUUGCUGCAUUUCUAAAUGCUUCAAAUCCUACAGAUGAAGUUGUGGUUCCUUCAUCUCCCUCUCUUCUUGAGGAAACAAGUUUUGAAGCUGAUCUCGAAGAUUUAUUGGAGAAGCAAAUUGAAGAAAUCAGCAAAUUGGCUGCUGGAUCAAUGGAAUGCCCUUUGGAUCUUUUGGAUGUUAAAAGAGUUAACUUUGGUGGAAGUAAAGCAAGCAAAGCAUCUUUGAUGUCACAUUUAGGUUCAAAUAACAGUAAGAAUAAUCUUCGAAGAACCACCAGGAGUCAGAACAAGCAACAGACUGAAGUCGACCUCAAAAAGGAACCGGAAGGGGAUAAGCCUUUUCUCAGUCCUCUGGCUGCUCGUGCAGCUCUGGCUUCAUUUGUACAUGAACAUGAAUCUCCACUGAAGCGAGAACUUCCCUUCUCUCAUGUAGAAAAGGAAAGCCAAGAGUGCUUAUUUCAAAAGAAUCCCAAGGAGCAUAUUGAAGUUCAUUCUCUUGAUGUAACAUAUGAAUAUAUGAAAUCUGGUGUCUCUUCUCAGGAAUCAUCAUAUCUAGGGAAACCACUGCAAUCAACUGAGGAAUCAAGAGAGAAAGGGUGUGACAGUAUGAACUUAAAAAAGCCUAGGGUAACUCGUUCUUCAAUGCAUAAAGGGUUAGAAAUUUUAUCAGAUGAAGUGAAAGGCAAAUCCUCCAGAGAGAAGCUUACAAGCCCUUUGAAUACAAGGAAAACUCGUUCAUCAUUGAACAAAGAAAUAGAAGCUUCAUUAGAAGAGACGAAGCUUAUUAGUCCAGUAAAUGCUACAAGGCUGACACGUUCUAGAAAAAGUUCAAAUGUUGAGCCACAGCCUGAAAAAAGUGAUUUGAUUCAAAAUGCACGUGAAAUGUCUGAAGAGGUAGAAGAUAAGAAAGCUAGUAGCCCUGCCACUGUAAAUGACUCCAUAGAUUCUACAAGAAUUCAGAGGCUAAGUUUCCAGUCCACGACUACAAGAGUAACUCGUUCAGUGCACAAAGAAAUUAAAGCUUCGUCAGAUGAACGGGAGCAAGGAUCCUGUAGCAAGAAGCCUCAAGAUAUCACACCAGAUGGGAGUGAAAGCAUGACGAAGAGAGCGAGGACGAGAGCAUCAUAUGCAGAAAAUUCGGGUGUUACUUUGGAAGAUAGAGAGAAUGCAUCAGGUGAGAAAAAGAAAGCUGAAAGAAAAAAAGCAGAGUUGUCUAAGAAACCUCAGCUGCGUUCCUCGCCAAGGUUCAAUUCCCCUCCAAGGACACGGUCAUAAGGAAAGACUUGAGCUGCAUGGUGAAAUAUCUUUUCUGCAGUAUUUUGUUCUCGUAUAUUAGUAAUCUGAUGCUUGAUAUGCAUAUGAAAAAAUAGAUAGCAUCCUCUACUUGAACAUGUUUAAAUGCU